AUGGCAGCAGAAAGGGAAGCCUUGAUGGAGAUGGCAUAUCCAGAAGUGCAAGUCUUCUGCCAAAAGCAUGGCUUGAUGUUUGAGAUUAUUGAUUUAAGAUGGGGCACCUUUGAUCACAUGGGCACUGGCCAUACAUCUACCCAACUCUUUUUGGAGGAAAUCAAACGCUGCCAGAAACUUUCUGUGGGUUCCAGCUUCAUUGUCAUCCCAGCUUAUAUCUUCGGAAGAAUUACUGAGAAAACUUCUUUGCUCCAGGCACUGCUUGGAAGCGAUUAUGGCCGAUGCCCCACUCCCCUGACCAUUGGGGAACUGGAAUUUGAGGCCCUUAGACAGCAACUUCUGGAAGAGCCCAAGACCUUGCAGCUUCUGGCCCAAUGGUACCUGAAGGAUGAGAAUGCCAUCCCUCCUGUGUAUGUUCUGCAGCAAUCAUCUCAGGCAAGCCCAGAUGGCCUGGAGGAAAACUUGCUCUUGGUCCUUCGUGGGGCAGCCUGCCAAGCAGAAAAGCAUGGGCUCAUCAGCCAGGAGCAAUUGCUGAAUUACCACAAGUCAGAGAUACAUCAGGAAAUUGAGGCUGGCCUCUUCAGAUCAAGUGAAUGUAAUGGCCAAGGUACCAUGGUAUUCUUCACAGAAGUGGACAUGCCCCCAUCAGAUAGAGUGGACUCACUACUGGGCAUAGCUGAAGUUGGUGAUGAGGUGCAUCCUGAAGAAUCACAACAGUUAGCAGAUCUGAAGGCAAACAUUGUAAGCAUGUAUCCUGAGCUGGUCAAGGUUCACAGGGUUCCACAUGAGAUGAAACCCAGCACCCUCCGGCAGAAGCCCUGGCCAAAAUAUUUGAAGAAUCUCUGUGACCAGUUUAUUGCUGCCACCAACCAUCAUGUGCUCAGGAGCCUGAGAUCCCAAGAAAGCAAUCUUGGGAAGCCACCUGAGCUGAUUCAAGAGCUCACUCAUCACAUGGUCCUUGGUCAAGAACACAGCCAGGCUUUCUGCUGGCAGCAGGACCUGCUGGAUCACAUUUGCCAACGCAUUAAACAGAACCACCAUCGAGCCCACUCCCCACUUGUCAUAUGUGGGCCAUCAGGAUGUGGCAAAACAGCUCUGUUGUGCCAUCUGAAUGAGGCCAUAAGAGCCACCCUGGGUCAGGAAACAGUGGUGAUACUUCGUUUGGUGGGAAUUUCACAGGCCAGUUCCACAUGCAACAGCCUUCUUCACAGCCUCUGCCUACAAGUUGGCUUAGCCAUGGGCUUCCCUUAUACCAAGGCAGUUGGCAAUCCAGUCCUGCUCUUCCACAGUCUGCUCCACUUAGCUUCUUGCCAGGGCACACAGCCACUUGUCCUGCUCCUUGAUUCUGUGGAACAGCUACACAUAACUAGAAAUGCUCACAGAGCUUUCUGGUUGCCAAAAAUCUGUCCUCCAAAGAUCCACAUGAUUCUUACUGUGCUGCAGAAAGAAAGUGAAGUUCUGCAGAAGAACACUGUGGCUCCAGAGGAUUAUUUUGAGAUGGAGCCUCUUUCUCAAGAGCAAGUGGGGGUGAUUCUCUCCAAAAUGUUGGCAUCCACAGGGCAUACACUAAGGCCCACCCAACAGGAGCUGUUCCUGCAAAGCUUUGCAAAAGGUGGGUAUGCUCUGCAGAUUGCCCUGGCCAUCAGACAGGCCCAGCAUUGGACUUCAUAUAUUCUACUUGCAGCACCAGCAAUUUCAUCUACAGCCAUGGAGUUUGUGCAUCGCUUGUGUGACCACCUGGAGGUGGUGCAUGGAUCUGUCUUAGUAGCACAUGUACUUGGCUAUCUUGCCUGUGCCCGAUAUGGGCUCUCAGAAGCAGAGCAAAAAGAUAUUUUGUCCCUUGAUAAUGAAGUUCUCGCUGAGAUUUAUUGGCUCCAUGCUCCUACAAGCAAAGUGACCCUCCACUUUCCACCCCUGCUAUGGGCCCGGUUAUACCAGGACUUGGCCCAAUGGCUGGAGGACCGGUGGGCGGAUGGCUUUGUGCUGAUGAACUUUGCUCACAGGGAGUUGGCGGCAGCUGUGGAACAGCGUUACUUGUCUGUGCCAGAGGAAAGGAUCAAGCGUCACCUGCUCCUAGCAGAUUUCUUCAGGGGGACGUGGAGCUGGGGCAUGAAGAAGCCCAUCCAGCUGCCAUCUUCCAACAAGCCUGUGAGCUUUGAUAGGAAGGUGACUCCUCAGCCUCUUUGGUUCUCCAGCACACUUGCAAACCAGAGGAAGUUGAGUGAACUGCCCUUCCAUUUACUGCAGGCAGGUCUAUUCAAGGAGCUACAAAGAGAUGUUUUGGGGAACAUGAACUGGAUCAUCUGCAGAGCUACCUCCACUGGCAUAGAGAACUUGACUUCUGACUUUGCCAUGUGCCUUGCCCAGAUCAACUGCCCAGAGCUGCAUCUCCUGCAAAAAACUCUCCUGCUCCUGCAGCCUCUUGUGGAUAGCACACAGAUCCAUGGAGAAGCAAGCAUGAUCUACACGGAGAUGUUGGCACGGCUGUUUUUCCUCAGGCCAUCCUACCCUAAGAUCAUUGGGAAAGUGUGUGAGCAAUGUGAGAGCUGGUUUGGUGCUUGGCCUCAUCCAGUCCUCAUUCCUUGCUCUGGAUUCUUCUAUCCACCUGGAGGACCUCUGUGCAAAACACUACCUGCAUUCCCUAAAGGCACUUCAGUGCUAGAAUUCAGCCUUGACCAAAAAUUGCUUCUGGCUGGUUCUCUGGAUGGCUCUAUGAUUGUAUGGGACAUGGAAGAUUUUACCGUGCGACACGUCCUAACAGGACACUCUGCUGAAGUGAAAUGUGUAAAACUAUUUGGCAAGGGGACCCGUGCUGCCUCAGUGGCCAUGGAUCACACACUGCGCUUGUGGUGUCUGGAUUCUGUCAGGGAGGAAUUCUCCAUCCAUAACGUUCACCCUGGGGAGCUGAGGUGUUGCCAGCUUCACAUUGAUGAAAAACAGCAGAUAAUAUACUGGGCAUCAGGUUUGGAGGUCAGUGCUUGGCAUCUGAAGACAGCUGUGCCCGUUUUCCAGAUCUCUGCUGAGCCCCCAGACCAGUGGCUCUGUGGAACUGUGUUUGCACCAAGGCUGGUGGUUGUGACAGUAUCUGAGAGGGGUGUCUUCUGCCUGUGGGACAGCAUCAGUGGACAGCUCCAUUCCAAGCAGGAACUGAUAGGGCUGGGAGAAGAGACACCAACGUGCAGUGUAUUGCUCCACACGCUGGGCAGGAUGGUGGCUGGCUUCAGCAAGGGCUCUCUCUUGAUGAUCUCCUCUGAUGGACACAGCCUGCUGGAAAAGCUCCCAGAAGGGAUCUGCUUUGUGGUGCUUUCAAAAGACGAAUCUCUCCUGGCAACAGGUUUUGGGCAUUGUGUAAGAGUUUUCCUGGGCAAUGUGACUGGAUUCCACCAACUCCUGGGCUCAGAUCUUCUGCAUUCUGCUGAGGUUUGUGCAGCUGCUAUUUCAGCAGACAAUGCCACCAUCGUCACAAGCUCCCAGGAUGAAUGCAUAUGGGUGUGGUGUCUAGCCAAACAGGGUUUGCUGACAGAUGUUUUGAGUGAUACAGGGAUGCCUUCCACACACCUGGCUCUCUGGGAUGUCACGCUGGUGUCAGCCUCUUGCCACGCAUCUCAUCUCAGAGUCUGGGACCUCAGCUGUGAUCGCAAGCACAAACUACUCCCACCUUGUAUGGCAAGCAAGAGCUGCAUUGGGCUUUCUCACAAUGCCAAAUAUAUCUAUUUUCCCCAAGACUGUUACAGCUCUAAUGUUAUCAUUUGGGACACAGAGGCAGGGAAGGAGUAUGAUAAAUUGGAUGCAUCAGCUCCAGUCCAGUGCCUGGAAGUGGCCGAGCAGAGGAAUCUUCUCUUUGUUGGACUGGCUUCUGGAACGGUGCUGGUGUUUCCCUUGGACUCCAGGCAAGAUGUUGGCUGCAUCCCUCCUUCAGAGAACCAAAAACCUGUCUGCAACUUGGCACUCACUCAGAAUGAAGAUCAGCUGGCAGCUGCCUGUGAUGAUCUUGUGCAGGUACUAGAUCUGCAUCAGGAAGAAGUGGGCCUGUUGAUUGACCGGCCAGCCUAUACCUUUUACACACAGAUCCCCGGUGCAACAAUUUCUAGUGUGGCUCUUCUGUCUGGAUACCGGGUGCUCUAUGGAAUGACCAAUGGGGAGCUCUUCAUGUAUUACUGCUCGGAGGCCCACGUGUUCCCUCUAGAAGCUCAUGGCAGCUGCAUCACCUGCCUGAAGACCAGCCAUGGAGAGAAAUGGCUGCUGAGUGGUUCAGCAGAUUCACUGCAAUGUCUCUGGGACGUGCAACUCUGCCGUUGUUUGUUUGUUCUUUCCCAGCAAGAUUCCUUUUCACAUGGCAUUUUCUGUGCAUGCUUUUCAAAAGAUGACCAGUACCUGUUCACCAGCAAUUUGGAUCAGUGUGUUACAGUGUGGGAUGUGUCACAGGGGGCCCUCUUAGCAGUUCAGUUUGUGCAUGCAAAAAUUACCAGGAUGGUGUCAACAGCUGAUGGCUUUGCUGCAACAACACAACUUGGCUACCUCAUGCGGGAGAGAUUCCGCUGCACCCAGUCCAUCAGCCCCCACCAAGAUCUGCUCAGCAGUGUUAAAGCAACGUACAGAGUGAAAUCUCGGCCAAAAGAGCGACAGGAUCCAGGGGAGACUCAGGACAAUCUGAGGAACACUCAGAGCUGUCCCAGCAAGCUCUCACAAAUUUGUAGGAUUGUGUAA